AAUUCAUAUUCGUCAAAUUUUGGCAUGGUUGAUUUUUACUUGAAAAGAAUAAAAUAAUACAAUUUCGUUGGAAAUAAUAUGAAAAUGGAGUGGGAACCAGAACAAGAAGGAUUACGACAAAUACUUACUCUUCUCAAGGAGUCUCAAUCACCGGACACUGCAACUCAAAGAGCUGUUCAACAAAAAUUGGAAGAAUUGAAUAAAUAUCCGGAUUUUAACAAUUACUUAAUUUUUGUAUUAACCAAACUGGUCACUGAAGAAGAGCCUACAAGGUCUCUGAGUGGUUUAAUUUUGAAAAACAAUGUAAAAGCACACUACAAUAGCUUUUUACCUGAGGUUGCAGAAUUUAUUAAACGUGAAUGUCUUUCGGCCGUUGGAGACCCUUCUCCUCUAAUAAGAGCCACUGUGGGUAUUAUAAUUACCACUAUAGCAAGCAAAGGUGAAUUAACUUCUUGGCCCGAGCUCUUACCAGCAUUAUGUCAGAUGCUUGACUCUCAAGAUUACAAUGUUUGUGAGGGAGCAUUUGGAGCAUUACAAAAGAUUUGUGAAGAUACCGCAGAACUACUUGAUAGUGAUGCACUCAAUAGACCAUUAAAUGUCUUAAUACCGAAAUUCCUGCAGUUUUUUAGACAUUCCUCACCCAAAAUUAGAUGCCAUGCUAUUGCUUGUGUAAAUUACUUCAUAAUGGGAAGAACACAAGCUCUUAUGUUGCACAUUGAUUCAUUUAUAGAGAACCUUUUCCAUUUAGCUGCAGAUGAAGAUCCCGAUGUCAGGAAAAAUGUCUGCCAUGCCUUGGUUUUACUUCUAGAAGUCAGAUUAGACAGGCUCAUACCACACUUACCAAAUAUAAUUGAGUACAUGUUAAUUCGCACACAAGAUCCUGAGGAAGGAGUGGCUCUAGAGGCUUGCGAAUUUUGGCUAUCUCUAGCAGAACAAAAUGUUUGUCGUGAGGUAUUAGGGCCACGUUUACCAGCUCUCCUACCAGUUUUGGUUCGCGGUAUGCGAUAUUCUGAAAUGGAUAUAAUUCUCCUGCGAGGUGAUCGCGAUGACGAUGCUGAUGAUGCCGAACCAGAUCGAGAGUCCGACAUUCGCCCACGCUUCCAUAAACCGCGCUCGCACACCGUCAAACACAAUGCCGGCGCGGGCGACAGCAACAUGUCGGGCGGCGGCGAGUCGGACGACGAGGACGAGGGCGGCGCGGACGCGGACGACGGCUCGCUGUCCGACUGGAACCUGCGCAAGUGCAGCGCGGCCGCGCUCGACGUGCUCGCCAACGUGUUCGGAGCGGACUUGUUGCCUGUCCUCUUUCCUAUCCUCAAGGAGACACUGUUCCACGAGGAUUGGGUUAUAAAGGAGAGCGGCAUCCUGGCGCUGGGCGCGGUGGCGGACGGGUGCAUGGGCGGCAUGGUGCCGCACCUGCCCGACCUGGUGCCGUACCUGGUGUGCUGCCUGGCCGAGCGCAAGGCGCUGGUGCGCGCCAUCACGUGCUGGACGCUGUCGCGCUACUCGCACUGGAUCGUGUCGCAGUCGCACGACCUCUACCUGCGCCCCGUCAUGACGGAGCUCCUGAAACGUGUUCUCGACAACAACAAACGGGUGCAAGAAGCGGCGUGCUCGGCGUUCGCAACUCUCGAAGAAGAAGCAUGUACAGAACUUGUUCCAUACCUCGGCCACAUUCUACAGACUCUUGUCUAUGCCUUCAGUAAAUAUCAGCAUAAAAACUUACUAAUACUCUAUGACGCAAUUGGGACAUUGGCAGAUUCUGUUGGCCAUCAUUUGAACAAACCAGAGUACAUAAAUUUAUUAAUGCCUCCUCUUAUCACAAAAUGGAAUGUGUUAAAGGACGAAGACAAAGACUUGUUCCCUCUCCUAGAGUGUCUAUCAUCAGUAGCUACUGCAUUACAGUCUGGAUUUCUACCAUAUUGCGAACCAGUCUUUAGGAGAUGUGUUUCGUUAAUAGAACAAACACUAAAUCAAAAUAUUGCAAACAGUCAAAGCCCAGAACAGUUUGAAGCACCAGACAAGGACUUUAUGAUUGUGGCGUUGGAUCUAUUAAGUGGAUUAGCUGAAGGCCUAGACGGACACAUUGAUCAUCUUGUACAUAAUUCUAACCUUAUGCAGCUACUCUACCAGUGUAUGCGAGAUCCAAUGCCAGAGGUACGUCAGUCAUCGUUUGCGCUGCUUGGGGACUUAACAAAAGCUUGUUUCCAACAUGUUCAUAUGUACAUACCAGACUUUCUACCGAUACUUGGGAUGAAUCUCAAUCCGGAGCUCAUCUCUGUAUGCAAUAAUGCCACAUGGGCCAUUGGCGAGAUCAGCAUAAAAUUAGGACCAGAGACAUCAAAAUACAUACCACUUGUACUUAGUCAUCUAGUUGACAUCAUCAAUAGGCCAAACACGCCUAAAACAUUACUCGAAAACACAGCGAUUACUAUCGGUCGGCUAGGUUAUGUGUGCCCCCACGACGUCGCACCCGUAUUACAUCAAUUUGUACGCCAGUGGUGCACGUCACUACGUAACAUUCGGGACAACGACGAGAAAGACUCCGCUUUUCGUGGCAUCUGUCAAAUGAUUCAAGUGAAUCCCGGGGGCGUAGUCCCCGACUUCAUGUUCUUUUGCGACGCGGUCGCCUCCUGGUCGCAUCCUAAAGACGACCUUAAGGAUAUGUUCACGAAGAUCCUACACGGCUUCAAGAACCAAGUGGGCGAGGAGAACUGGCGUCGGUUUACCGAUCAGUUCCCAGUUCAACUCAGCGCUCGACUCUCAGCCAUGUGUGGUAUAUAAACAGCAUUAAUUUUUAAAUUAUGGGGAACCAAUAUGAUCUCGGGUCGGGAAGACAUCAUGGCGUCGCUGCCGCAACCCUCGCGUACUGUGCCAACAAACCACCGGGCCACAAACGCCCGCUCCAGACGUCAACACACCGUUUGGAUGCCCUCUUCAUCUACAUAUUUCUAUUAGUAUUUGUACCUGAAAAAUAUCUAACGACGCGGCGACUCCGCUUAAAUAUUAUCGUCAAAUUUAAAGUGACGUGUCAUAUACGUUCGGCUUAGGAUAUAACACGCACAGGAUUAGGUGGGCUAAGACCUAAAAUUAGGUGUAUCAUGGGGUGCUAAGCUUACUGUACUCGUGACUUAAUAUCGCACGUUGCAUGCUUACGUGCAGUUUAAUCGUUGUUAUCAAAACAAAUUGUGCAGUUAUCGGAUUGUAGUUGUAGUGUUUAACCUCACCAUAUUGAAUACUGGUGAUUUCUAUGCUAGGAGUGAUCGAAUUGUCUACUGUAUUGCAUGAUUAGUGAUAAUAAGUAGUAUGUAACUAUAAUAUGAGACCGUUUUCUUAUUUUUUGAAUAAAUUUUGAAACACUUAGUUUCUUUUACCGAUUUUCAUAGGCUCCAAAUUCAUUUGGUCGUCAUUUUUAAGGUUGUAAUGAAAAAAAUUAAAGUUACAUGUAAAUUUUUGAUAGAUUUAUAGACUCUUUUUGAUUUAGGGAAGUGCAAAAUCGUUUCGUUUCGGUUCACACAUUUUAUGUUUGUGCGCUAAUUGCAACAUGACGUAAGCAAGGCGUAAUAUUAUUUAGUGUGGACAGUCGUGAUGAGCGCAAGCUAGGUUGGACUGUCGAUAGCUUGUAGAAGUUUGUUUUUUGUUCGAUUGACGACUCACUGCUCAACAAAAUCACUCAUGCGCUUGUUUGUUUGAAAAUUAUCAUUAACGCUAAUCUAAAUGUACCCUGCUCCGUUUUACCGUAACUUUGCUAUCAUGUCUUGUCUGAAAUAUAUUGUGUGUACACAGAAAGGAAUAUAUAAAAUUAUAAGAAUUUAUGUAAAAGCAUUUAUUUUAUGUGUCUCCACUAGAUUUUCAAAUAUUAUAUUUUAGUAUUGCAAAUUGAUGUCUUAACUCUUAACUACCACUAUUUUUAAUAUAAAUUACAAGACUUAGUGAAAUCGAGAAUUUAUGUCAUCUGUGAUUUGUGACUGGUUUAUUUUGAUUAAUAUAUGUGUAUGAUUAUAUAUUAUGCCUGUGUCGGUGUAGAUAUGUUGCUUUGAUAGAUUUUAUGUGAGCUAGAUUUCUGCUAUAUAAUAUACCAAAUAGUAUUUUUACGUUCUAUUUUGUUUUAAUGGAUUUAUAUGGUUGUGUUGCACGCGACGAAAAAUAUUUGUCAUAUUGACUUUUCGAAUGUGUCGAUUUAUUUAAAAUAACUUUUUUAUAAAAAUAUACAAAAAACAUACUAACCACAACUGUUUGUAAUAGUUGCAGUGUAUAUAAACUAUACUCCGUUGACAAAAUACUGUUAGUAAAUUAAUCAUAGCUCAUUAGUCGGUAUUUCGAUUAUUUUUUCAUUGCGUGCAACAUAUGAUUAAUAUAAAGAUAUUUACGUGUAUAUUAAAAUAAUAUUAUGUAUAUGUAAAUACAUAUUGUGUUGUAUUAUUAUUAUUAUUAUAUGCAAGUAAAAUUGUUACUUUUUGUUUUAUAAUAGCUAAAAAGUCUGACUUUAACCACUUGUUGUCAUUUCAGUUUUCAGAUACAGCUCAGCUCAGUUCCUAUCCUUAAGGUCUAUUAUUUUUUAUAAUGUUUAUUAUACUGCCGUGUUGUAUUUAGCAUGCUUGUUUUUUUUUUUAACUUUAAAGAUUUCGAACAUUGAAAAGUAAAUUGUUGGAACUUUAUGCCGUUACGUAUUUUUAUAUACUUAGUAUAAUAAUCUAGCCUAUAAGGCAAACUUGUUUGAAAAUUGUACUUAAAUUAUGUUAUAGUCAAAUUCAAAGAGAAAUAUAAAAAAAUCAUUUCUUUAAUAAAGUAUUUUUGUUUAUGUUAGUAUCAUACAAGUUUUUUUUUCACAGUGGCGGACUAAAUCUAAUGAGUUGAGGUGCCCUUGACAGUAAGUAAUUUUAUUAUACACUUAUGAUUCCUACUGACCUUAAGGACAGGAUCUUUAAAAUGCAAGAAUCUGAAAAAUUUGUAGUUCAAAUGAACAUUAGUCUAUUUUGCAAAUGCAAUUUUAGCGUUAGGUGUGCAGUGGAAUAUUUACGGUUUAUCGGGAUACUGUAAAUUUCAACAUUCCUUGGGAUCAAAAUUUUAUUUUUGGCUCUGUCCCGUUUAUUUUUAUGGGAGUUAUGUAUUCUGUAUUUUGAUGUCUUUAUGUAAUAUAUGUAUGUAUAUUACUAAGUGUCCCUUCGGUCCUUUAAAUCCCAAAAGGUUCCUAUCCCGAGUCCUUUCUAGUCCCAUUCCUUGUGAUGUGCCAACGAAGCCCAAUGAGUGUGCGAAUGACUGUCCACCCUUAUUGUAAAUCGUAUCGAUGGUUGAAAGUAUUAGGAUCCGAGGAUGACGUAAGUACGAAGAUAGACGCGCGAUGAAAUUGUUAGUAUAUCUAUCGCAGAGCUUAGUUUAAAAUAGACGUUACCCUGCCUCGGAUACAUUCGCUAACUUUUAUUUUUAAGUAAAAUACACAAAUGUACGGGUGUCGUAAUUUAUUUUUAAGAUUAGUUGAUUUUUUCGUCACCUUUUAAUGUAGUAUUUUAUUUUUUGUUUUCCUAAAAAACCGUGAUAAUAGCUCAUUAAGUGAUUAAAUGAUUGUAUGAAUGUGCGAGGUGGCAUUCGUAAGGCACCGAUUCCUUUCCUCAAGGCAUUGUUAUAUAAAAAUAAUAUUAUCGCAAGCGGAAAUUUGCGAAUAAUUGUCGACAUGUAACGACUUAUUUUAAUGAUCAUAAUAUUCUUGUUUCGCGCGUUGUGUACAUUAAUGUAUUUCUUAUAUGUAUUUACAUAUUAAAUCCCAUUAAUUUAAGAAAUCUAUUCAUGAAAUUUAUUUACUUUUCAUAAUCUUUGUAAUAAUAUAUUGCUAUUAUUGCACUUUAUUAUUGGAAAUUCAACAAUACAGUUCGGAUAUAUCAUUUGUAGCUCACAUUUUAUUUUAAAGCAAAAUAUUGGUUUUAUAUGUUUCACAAAAUUAUGAAAGUUACUACUAAUUUAUAACAACUAAGUACUAUUUGUAUAAAUACUCAUAAAGAAAUAUAUUUUUAAAUUUUCUAGCUAUAUUUUAUAUUUCCUUCAAUUCAGUUUUGUAUGUCUUCUAUAUGUCUAUUAUUUGUAUUUAUUGUAUAUUGUAUUUGUGACAUGUUUUAGUGUUUCAAAGUAAUUACCGUUUGUCUUACUUGCUCUAUUUUAGUUGCAGCAUUAAAAUGUGAAAUGUAAUAAAAACCUGAAAUAUUUCAGUCAUGUAAGUUUUAAGGCUAAGUCUCAUUUUAAUGAUUUUCAAGUGAGUACAUGAUAUCAUUCUCUUAUUUAGAAACUAAAAGGCAUUAUCUCUUAGAGCCUAAAACUAGGCAAAUAUAUAUUCCACAGAUAAAAAAUAUUUUAUACAUGAAUUGAAUUCUUUAAAAAAUAUACAGGUACUUACUGUUAUCUAAAAUGUACAUAAACUAUGUCACUGUUGCAGUAUACAUUAUUGUAUUAUUUUGUUUUAUAAUUACCUAAAUUUUGGUUGUAAUACAAUAACCUCACCAGACAUUCUUUUACCAUACAUUUCGUUAAUAAAGCACUCAUUGUUCAAUACUGUUGUUUAUUUCUUAUCAUUAUUUUAAAAUAAAACUUCGAUAUUC